CCUCUGUUCCCUCCUCGUCUCACCACAACCUCACAGCCAUUCAAGACCCAAUUUCCGACUACAUCUUCAAUUCAGAUCUCGAACCCUCCAAAACAAUCACCAUGACUAAAGGAUCUUCUGGCACCAGCAGCGGUAGCUCUGGUGGGCAAGGAUACACCGUGACGAGCUCUGGCACCAACAGCCAGGGCAACCACUACUGUUCUCGCGACUACGGCUCCGGUGCUUCCAACUCCAAUUCGUACCACUACUCCAACAGCAACGGGUCAUACUACUACAGUAACCCCAAUGGCUCGACUUACUACAACUCUGGAAACGGUCAAUCUACCUACAAAUCUGGCAAGUAGAUGCCUGACUCGGCCGCUCUAUGUUCAAUACCAUCGUGGUGGUGGAUGAGACCGAACAUCAACUUCGUGGCGGCUCAAUAUAUUCGUAGGUAGCAGACUUGUAGGGCCGGGAACGCAAUAACAUGAAUUAAAGAGCAUAUGAUUGAAGCCCUAUUCCUAACAAUACUUGCAGCUUUGAGCUUAUAUGUGACAUGACAGAAAUCAUGCUCCAGUGUUAAUUGUAAGUCUUGGC